GAUUACUUAAGGGGUGGUGUGGUCUUUAAUUGAAUUAAUUUACUUUCUUUCUCGUUUAAUUCUUGGUUGAUUGAUCCUUUAUAGAGUUUGACUUGAAAUUAUGCCUAAACAUAUGCAUCAUACACUUCAUGAACCUUUUUCAAAUAAUUUUUUUUUUUGUAAAUUAUGUGAAUUUACCUUUAAGGUGUAUUGUGUUCGUAGUCACAUUCUUCUAUGUUUUUUUUCUUUUUUCUAAUGGAGUGUUUGGUUUGGGUUAUUUAGAAAAGGGUAAGAGAAUUUCAAUGGUCCCUUUCCUUAAUUGUUUGUGAACAAAAUUUAAUUACUCUUUAUCCUUUCUAUUUUGAUAAGUUAAUAGGUUAGGUUAUUAGAGAAAACUUUCCUAACUUCUGUGUUUCUCUCUGAAUAAAAAAUAAAUUAAAUCAUUCGCUUUACCCUCCUCGUUAAUCAAUUAUCUAUCUUUAUUCCCCUACUCCCUAUAGGUUUUCUAUUCUGUUUCCUCACGCAACCUACUCUAUUACUAACACUACCACCCAAAACCCAAUGACCACUGGCUGAGAGCCGAACCCACCACCACCAGCAUCACUAUAUUAGCCGCACUACCUUGAAAAUUCACUUAAUCCACCUCGAAAACCGCCCAACCGUAAACAACCCUAAGCACCCUAAAAUUAACCCUAACCAUCACAACAAAACCAGAUCUAAAGAGCAUUUUUGUUUUUGAAAAGAGAGAGCAUAAGAGGGAGGCACGGAAUUGAUUGCGAGCAUAAGAGGGAGGGGCGUUGGUGGCGGUGACGGCAGCAAAAGGGAGAUUGAAGGAUAGGCUGGUGGUUGAAGGGAGUGGGAGGAUUUCCUUUCUUAUUCUAAAACAAACAACUAUGUUAAUGUUAAUUUACGGGUUUUGGUUUCCAUUCACCUUGUUUCCCUUUCUUAAACUCAUUCCUGAUUCCUUAGUGCUAUUUUAGAGGGUUUUUCAACAAUAGUUUGUGUUGCACAGGUAAGAUGGUGGAUUCAAACUUGGGAGUUAUUUAUGUUUCAUGGGUCCGGUCUCCUUGAUCCAUAAUUAGCACAAGGCAUCCUGUUGUCUAAUACAUUGAUUAUAUAUGGGAGAAAUUGAAAUUAAUCACGUGAAACCAGAACCAGAACUCAAUGGAUUUUUAAUCCAAAAUGGAGAUAUCCAUUCAUCUUAUUUGGGCCCACCAGGGUGGGAUGAUCUACCUGGAAUUUGUGAAUCUGAAGACAAUGAGAUAAUAGAUGCUUUAAGCACUGUCCAAAGUAGCUCCAGUGAAAUAAUUCAAACAUCUGUUGAAGAUACUACUUUAUCAGUACCAUCUAUAUGUCCAGCACCACUUUGUCGACAGUUCUGGAAAGCUGGAAACUAUGAAGAUGCGCCUGAUUCAAGAUCUAAAGCUCAAAACAGCAAAAAUUAUUUGCAUGUUCACCCCAAGUUUCUUCACUCAAAUGCGACUUCUCAUAAGUGGGCUUUUGGAGCUAUUGCGGAACUUCUUGAUAAUGCAAUUGAUGAGAUACAAAAUGGAGCCUCUUAUGUAAUUGUAGAUAAAAUUGCAAAUCCAAGGGAUGGAACUCCAGCCUUACUUACUCAAGAUGAUGGAGGUGGAAUGGACCCUGAGGCAAUGAGGCGCUGUAUGAGUUUUGGAUUUUCAGACAAGAAAUCUAAAUCAGCAAUUGGACGAUAUGGGAAUGGAUUUAAGACCAGCACCAUGAGACUUGGAGCCGACGUUAUAGUCUUCAGUCGACAUUUCAACAAUCGGACAUUGACUCAAAGCAUUGGUCUCUUGUCCUACACGUAUUUGUCACGAACGGGCCUAGACAGGAUAGUUGUACCUAUGGUUGAUUAUGAGUACAACAUGUCAACUGACACCUUCAACCCUCUGUAUCGCCAUGGUGAAGAGUAUUUUAAGUCGAAUUUAUCCAUCAUUUUACAGUGGUCGCCAUAUCAAACUGAUGCCAAGCUUAUGAAGCAGUUCGAUGAUAUUGGGCCUCAUGGAACUAAAGUUAUCAUCUUUAACUUGUGGUUUACUGAUGAUGGGACAUUGGAGUUCGAUUUUGAAAGCAAUCCUGAGGAUAUCCGCUUGAGAAAUUCUGAGAAUACUAAGAAAAUUAAUUCAAAAAUGUUAAUAAGUGAAGAGCACAUUGGGAAUCAAUAUCGCUUCUCCCUUCGCGUAUACUUGUCCAUUUUAUACUUGCGGAUUCCUCAAAACUUCUGUAUCAUUUUGCGUGGGAAAGUUGUGGAACAUCACAGUAUAGCACAUGGUCUCAAAUAUCCAGAAUUCAUCAUGUACAGACCUUCAACUGGGGGCACUAAAGAGGAAGUAUUGACAACAAUAGGCUUUCUGAAGGAAGCUCCUGAUGUAAAUAUCCAUGGCUUCAAUGUGUACCAUAAGAACCGUCUUAUACUGCCAUUUUGGCAUGUUGUUAGCUAUUUAGACAGUAGAGGACGAGGGGUUGUAGGGGUAUUGGAAGCAAACUUUGUCGAGCCCACUCAUAAUAAACAGGAUUUUGAAAGGACUUCGCUCUUCCAAAAGCUUGAAACUCGGUUGAAGGAAAUGACUUGGGAGUAUUGGGAUCAUCACUGUGGACUUAUUGGGUAUCAGGUUAAAAAGAAGGCCCCAGCACCUGUACCCUCAGCUAACUCACUCUAUGUUAGUCCCAAUGAUGCAAGACUUCAGCCUAUUAGCGUGGAUAAAAGCUCAAAAGUGAGUGGAUCACCUGUUGGUCAGGCUCAUCCUGUGUUCAGUUUACCUGCUGGAGAUUUGUUAGCCGCUCGAAGCGGCAUCCAGCAGUGUGGAACUAAGAGGACACAAGAUGAUCUUUUGUCUUCUCUUGGAAGGGGGAGACGGCAAAGCAGGGUGGAACCUGCUCAUAGUGCUGGGCGUUUUAUGGAAAUUCAGCCUGUCAUUCAUGCUGCAGCACCGUUGGGUCAACAGGAGGCUAAGGUGUUGAGGCAGGAGCACAGGAAACUUCGAGAGAGAUGCUUAGAAUAUGAGAAGUCUGAGGAAGAACUCAAGUGCAAGGCAUCACGGCUUAGAAUGGAGCUCGAAGAGGCACAGCAAGAGUAUCAGAGAAUGUUAACUGAGCUUCGGUCACUUGAGGUUUUCAAGCCUGAAAACAAUGUAAGCAAAUGCUGUCAGAUCAUCUUGUUGUAGAUGUAGUUACUAUAUCUGUAGUCCUUGAACAUGAAAUUCAACAGCUGGCCAACAAUUUAAUUGGUAUUGGCUAUCAAGGUGGCAUUUGUGGAAGUGGAUAGGCACUUAUUGUUGCAAAUAUGUUAUUCUUCCCUUGCAAGUCAGUGUAAUAACUAGUUUCUGCUUUUGCUAAUGUCAAACAAGAAAAAGAAGAGAUGUAGUUACUACAGUAUCUUGUAAGAUCUAGAAAUACUGCAGACCAUUUUUAACUGCAAAAGGAAAAUAGAUUAGAAUUUUAUUUUUUCAGAACAAAAUAGAAUCAAUGUUUUUGGUUAUUUUGCUUAUCAUUAAAAAGAAUUUAGUAUCAGAGGUAUGUUAACUGAGGUUCAAGGAGGCAAUCACGGCUUUUUACUGUGCACACUAGUAAUCUGCUGACCCAAUUGUCUUUGUUAAUUUAUGGAUUGUUAAAGCAGUCAAAGUUUCUUAUUUUAUGUCAAUUUUCCAUUGCCUUUCAUUUAAUUCUUGCAUGUUAGAAAACUUUUGUGAACUGUUUGACGCUCAUA